AUGGUGGGCAGUGGGCAGUGGCAGUGGACAGUGGGCAGUGGCGGUGGACAGUGGGCAGUGGGCAGUGGCAGUGGCAGUGGACAGUGGGCAGUGGCGGUGGACAGUGUGGGCUGUGGCAGUGGACAGUGGGCAGUGGCAGUGGACAGUGGGCUGUGGCAGUGGACAGUGGACAGUGGGCUGUGGCAGUGGACAGUGGUUAGUGGACAGUGGGCAGUGGACAGUGGGCAGUGGACAGUGGCGGUGGACAGUGGGCAGUGGCAGUGGCAGUGGACAGUGGGCAGUGGCGGUGGACAGUGGUUAGUGGCAGUGGACAGUGGGCAGUGGCAGUGGCAGUGGACAGUGGACAGUGGGCUGUGGCAGUGGACAGUGGGCAGUGGCAAGUGGACAGUGGGCUGUGGCAGUGGACAGUGGACAGUGGGCUGUGGCAGUGGACAGUGGUUAGUGGACAGUGGGCAGUGGGCUGUGGCAGUGGACAGUGGACAGUGGCAGUGGACAGUGGACAUGGACAGUGGCGGUGGACAGUGGGCAGUGGCAGUGGCAGUGGACAGUGGGCAGUGGCAGUGGACAGUGGUUAGUGGCAGUGGACAGUGGGCAGUGGACAGUGGGCAGUGGCAAGUGGACAGUGGGCAGUGGCAGUGGACAGUGGGCAGUGGGCUGUGGCAGUGGACAGUGGUUAGUGGACAGUGGGCAGUGGACAGUGGGCAGUGGGCAAUGGCAGUGGACAGUUGGCAGUGGCAGUGGACAGUGGACAGUGGACAGUGGUUAGUGGACAGUGGGCAGUGGACAGUGGGCAGUGGCAGUGGACAGUGGGCUGUGGCAGUGGACAGUGGGCAGUGGCAGUGGACAGUGGUUAGUGGUCAAUGGUCAGUGGACAGUGGUCAGGAUGCUCAUUCCAGUGAUAUUGCUACCACUUACCACAUGGAGCAGAGUGUGCGUGAGUGUAUCAAUAUCCACCGUCCACCGUCCACAGGCACAUGCUUUCCUGACGCUUUCACCGCACGAGUACGGUACGAGUACCACCAUUCUCCGGUUCACAGUGCCAUGCGGCUGGUACUUUAUUGUACACUUUGUCCGCCACGGAACUCGGUGCUUGCUUGUACUCGGCCGUCGGUCCUGGGUUAA